CAAUUGGCACGCCUUUGCACAGGCAGAUGCAUGAGUAGGUUCAAACAUAUUCCCCUGUGGCCAUGAAACCAGGGACGUUCGGUGUGAGCCGAUCUCAUGGUGAUUUGCAGAACGUGGACAUCAUCGAAGAUCGUUCGGUUCGGCGCAAGUCUGGGUUGCCGUCCAGAUACCAAAAAGGAAAGUUCUUGGGCAAGGGUGGGUUUGCGAAGUGCUAUGAAGUUCAAGACCUGGAGUCCAAGGAGUUCUUCGCUGCCAAGAUUGUUUCAAAGGCUUCGAUUACAAAGCCUCGGGCACACGCAAAGCUCAGGUCCGAGAUUGCAAUUCACAGGGAGCUGCGGCACGAGAAGGUGGUGAAAUUUUACGACUUCUUUGAGGACCAGGAGCAUGUUUACAUCAUGCUCGAAGUGUGCCCCAAUCAGACCUUGAAUGAGUUCAUGCGACGCCGCCCAGCCAAAAGACUCUCUGAACAAGAGGCGAUCUUCUAUAAUUACGAUCUGAUCCUCGCUCUUCAGUACCUGCAUCGCCGAAGAAUCAUUCACCGCGACUUGAAGCUGGGAAACCUUUUCCUAGACAAGAAUAUGCGGCUGAAGGUUGGCGACUUUGGGCUUGCAGCCCAGCUGGAGUUUUCUGGCGACAAGAGAAGGACGAUUUGUGGUACGCCAAACUACAUUGCGCCGGAAAUUCUCGAAGGCAAGCACGGACAUUCCUUUGAGGUGGACAUUUGGUCUCUCGGCGUCAUUGUCUACACCAUGGUCUUUGGCCGUCCGCCCUUUGAGACAUCAGACGUGAAGACUACGUAUAAGAAGAUUAAAAACAACCAAUACGUCUUUCCAGAGGCAGUUCGAGUUUCCAUGCAGGUGAAGGACUUGAUCCGCCGGAUCCUGCAGACAGAUCCUUCGACAAGACCGAGCUUGGACGACAUACUGAACUCGAGCUGGUUCUGCACAAGCAGGGUGCCACCGCCAAUGCCUGAUAGCGUGAGUUCUUGCUCCGCUUCACCACGACUGCAGGUGAUGCCCACUUACGGAGGUUUGACACCUGUUUUGUCUGCAAGGCAGCCCGGGCUGUCGCCUAUCCACACUCCCUUGCCAAGCACGCCGGGCAGAUGUCAGCAGCAAGGUCGACCACCUCUUGCCCAGCGCGGCAACAAGGAGAACAUUGUGCCGAACUACGGCAAUGCCACUGAUGUCAAAGAGAAUAUCAACUAUGUGGGCAGCUUUGCGCCCUCCUGCAAUGGCACAUUUGGCCAAAAUAGGACGCUAAGUUCAGCGAGGCUGGGUGACAGCGCACGGAUUCUGGACAGUCCAAGCACUGGGGCUACGUUUGGUCCAGGCCUUCCUGAAGAAUGUGGGAACUCCAGUGCUAGGCAUCAGUCACCUCGUCGCCUGGAACGAGGCAGAAGUCUGUCCCCCGCAGUUGUCAACUCCGAGGUGGUGACUCCGCGUGAUGCCUUCCGACUCAACACAGCACGAAAGGCUUCAGAGUUCAUUUCUGAUCGGCCUCCUCCACGUGCGGAGGGACACGUUGGCAGUCACUCUACCAUGCCUGAAGUUUGGGUGACCAAAUGGGUGGACUACGCAAGCAAGUAUGGCGUGGGCUACAUCCUCUCUGAUGGUUCCAUUGGUGUGUACUUCAAUGAUUCGACGAAAAUAGUGCUGGUCCCAAACGGCGACCGAUUUGACUACAUAACGCGCAGAAUGCAGGACAAGCCUGAAGAGAGAAAUACAUAUUCCUGGGAAAGCUAUCCAGAGGAGCUGAAGAAAAAGGUGACACUCCUUCGAAACUUCAAGAACUACAUGAUGACAGAUGCAUUGGAGCGCAAGGAUGGAGCUUCAGCCGGAACCUCGAGCUUGAAGAACACCGCAAAGACAAAGGCAAACUAUGGAGCGGGUCAGGUGCCCUUUGUCAAAAAGUGGACCCGUAACAAGCACGCCAUCAUGUUUCAGCUGAGCAACAAGAUUGUGCAGGUGAUCUUUUUUGACAAGACAGAAGCUGUGCUGUCUUCAAAAUUGCACACGGUGACCUACAUUGACAAGAAGGGGCAGGUCGAAUCGUACCCGCUCACCAAUGCCUUUGACGUACCUAGUGCUGAGCUGGCAAAGCGGCUUCGGUACACCAAGGAUAUUUUGGUGAAUUUGCUUGGGUCGCGACUCCCUUUUGGACUUCCGACCAUGGUGGCUGCACAUCAUCGAGAUUGCUGAGAUUAUGACUUUUUGGCAUUCAACAAGGCGACUCGGGCUGAGUGGAGCCAUAGGAUCGAAUUAUUUUCCGAUUGAUGGCUCGCUAUCCUGCCAAAGUACA